AUGAUGAGACUGAGAUUGGACUCUACGAGUGCUCAAGCGUUCUUUUCUCGUUUGGGUCCUGGAAAAGCCGCCAAACAUCUUUCAACCCGACUUCUUUGGACGCAACAAGCCAUGAGAAAACAAUGGUUCUAUGUGGAUCGUAAAUCGACCAAGGAGAACCCAGCUGACUUGAACACGAAAGCGCUAUCGAAGGAAAGGCGCGAGUUCUUGAUGAAGAGAAGUGGAUUGAAAAACCAACAUUUUGAGGAGAACGAUGAUGUGGUCUGCAGUGGAAAGAAGAAGCAGCUAGUGAAACUUUUGGUCAACAUGAUCGUGGCGAGCAAUUUGCAAGGAUGUGAAGAAGCUCAAGCUGGCGUUAGAACUACGUCAUGGAUUUUGACAUGGGCAUUUGUGGUGAUCAUUUUUCUUUUGGUUUUGGUGAUGAGACUUUUUCUCAAGCUGACGAGCAAGAUGGAAGAGCUGGAGAGGUGCAAGUUUGCUCUGAAGACAGUGAAAGAGGCAAUGAUAAUGAACGAGGAAGAUGAUCCUUUGUGCAGUGAAGAUACCGAACUGAUGAGCGGAUGUAUCAUCCGUCAUCGCGUUGUUCGGGAAGAAGCACUGCAUACAGCAGCCAAUGGUGAUGGAGAUGAACAUGGAGCAGAUUAUGCUGAUUCAGAUGAGAGUUUUGUAGAAGAAGAAAGUCCGAGAAGUGAGCAAGUUCGUGCUUGGGUCAAUGAUGACGGAAGCGUUGAUUUCUUUGAAGAGGCAGACACAGACCAGCGCGUGGUAGCAGAUCUUCGAGCGCUACGAGACGUCAGUGUUUUGACGGGGUUUGGUGGUCUUGUGGGCAUCUUGAUUCUCUUCCUGUUCAUUCUCACUUUGCUUCGAGCUGCGGCGAAGAAACGCAGAGAGCGGAAAGGAUAUGAAGAGGCUUUGGUAGCUGCGGCCAGAACGUGGGUAGGCUCUAUUCGAACUCCUCAACACGACCUGAUCCCGGUGGCGGACUUUGCCGUUGAAGUCAAAGGUGUGGAUCUGGCAUCGCCGUGCCCAGAGUUGGAGUUGCAAGAUGCGCUGUGGAUUCACGGGUUGUUGAUCUUCCGUGGUCAAGACAUUACCGGGGAGGAGCUGUUGCGCUUUGCCGCGCUUUUUGCCGAACCAGCGAAGGCCGCGGGACAGCAAAGUGCUGUGGCGGUCUAUCGCGUCUGUGACCGCGAUCCCUUGCCACGAGGACAAGACUUUUGGCAUUCGGACAACUCCUAUGCUCAGGAGUGCAGCGGUCCCACCUUGCUCUACGCAUUAAAAGUUCCUCAGGGCCCCGAGGGACCCUUGGGCGACACCCUCUUCCUGGAUGCAGCUGCUGAUGCAGUGAACCUUGAGGGCCUGUCACGCUCCAGGGCAGAGAUCAGGAAACUGCGCGCCAGGCACAAUGUGGCCUUCAACGCCGGUGCUCCGCUCCCAGAGUUCUCCGAGUCUCCACCUGUGCUGCACCCUGUGCUGAGACAUCAUCCCAUCACUGGAGAUGAGGUGGUCUUUGUGAACGAGGCCUACGUCUCACAGAUUGAGGGUCUGCCAGAGGAUGAAUCGCAGCAGCUCCUGCGGCAGCUACGUUCCCGCUUGACGCAACGUUACCGGCAUCGCUGGCAGGAAGGAGAUGUCGUGGUUUGGGACAAUCAUCGACUGCAGCACAAGGCCACAACCCUCGAGCUGCCAAAGAAUGCAGAGCGGGUCAUGUGGCGAGUGCAGACUCAUGGUUUUGGGUAUCCAACGAAGCGAUUUGAGGGAACCACCGGUGAGGAAAAAGUGUGGCUGGAGUCAGCUUUUGUAGAGAUGCUAUUUGGACUAUGA